UAUAAAUCCUGGGUGGGUACAAGCAUUGUUAAACCCACCAAGGCACCAAUGUAUAUCUUGUUUGCUGUUGUUCUAGCAUUUGUAGAUUCCAAACUUGAUAGAGAUAUAUAUCGGUCAGGUGUACGCGCGUAUAGUCCAUCAGUGGCAACAGUAACGCCGUCGACUUCAACCAUCGCCUGGUACGUCUCGUUGUCGUGCUGCUUGUAAUUCAUCUAGUUUGUCUACGUUAAACUUUCUUCCUACUUAACUAGGCCAAAUAUACGGUGGAACCGUGGAAACUCAAUCUAACAAAAAUCUCAUAUAAACCACACAAAAGAAGUCCCACAUGUAGUCAUGUAGUACUGUGUAGAUAAGAUGGAUAUCAAUGGUCGUGUGGAAACUAGAAAAUCUUAUCCAAAUUGGUUAAGUUUUUCUGAGACUAAAACUAACAUAUCUUUCAAGUAAUACCUCCGUUUUUUAAUAGAUAACGCCGUUGCUUUUUUUUUUUUUGUCUUUGAAGCAUCCGCUGAGCUGGGCUCGAACUAGUGAUGCUCAUGUGGUGCUCAGAGGUAGUAGCUGUACAAAAAAUUAUAUAUCAGUGCGUCACCUUUAAUCCCUUUAGUUUGUUUGUAUUACGUGGCUAGCACAAGCAAUUGUAUACCUAGUACAUCCUUGCAUAGAAAUAGAGUAAACUAUUAAAAAUGGUUGAUCAUGAUGCACUUUUGGCAUGGUAGCACAUUUGGCUAAUGAAAUGCAAAGCACAUGCAAUAUAAUAGUAACAUAUAUACUAAUGAAAUGGCCAGAUCUUAUAAAUCCUGGGUGGGUACAAGCAUUGUUAAACCCACCAAGGCACCAAUGUAUAUCUUGUUUGCUGUUGUUCUAGCAUUUGUAGAUUCCAAACUUGAUAGAGAUAUAUAUCGGUCAGGUGUACGCGCGUAUAGUCCAUCAGUGGCAACAGUAACGCCGUCGACUUCAACCAUCGCCUGCAGGGGCAAUGCCUGGAUGGAUCAUUACCUUCCUGCUCAUCCUACAGUUUAUUUCGUCGCUCCGUGGAUUGGUAAUCUUCAGCUUCGUUGCUCAUUUUUUCCUCGUCUUCUUCGCUGGACUCCGCCGCCAUCAACCAACCGGCGUGCGGAUGUUCAUCCUGUGGGGAGCGAACCAGUUUGCCCGUUGGGCUCCGGUCACCGUGCUGGGCACGCUGUCAGUCGGCAGCACGCCACAGAAAGAGCAGCUGGUGACGCUCUGGGUGGCGUUCAUGCUGCUGCACGCCGGCAUGCCUGACAACUUCACCGCCUACUCCUUGGAGGACACCGUUCUCUCGAGGCGGCAGCAGGCUGGCGUGUGGUAUCAGCUGCUUGGAUCGGCGUCACCAUUCCCUUUCCUGCUGAAGAACAUCUCCUUCAUCAUCAGCAAUGGCGGCGACGCCAUGCUCGGGGUCUCCUCGCUCGUCUUGUUGAUGGCCAUCGGCAAGUAUUGGGAGGGAGCAUUCCAAGCGCUGAUGCAGGGCAACCUGAAGAGCAUGCAAAGCUCGAGAAAGAAGAUGAAGAUGAAGAACAACAGUACAAAAUCAGUACGAAACAGCCUCCAGAUCGCUAGGCGUGGAGGCAGGGAGCCGAAUGAUGAGCAAAUCCUUCUGGCUGCUCAUGACAUGCUAGACAUCACCAAGGACGCCUUCAUCGAUUUUCUGGACCAAAAUAAUGCGGAUGAACAAGAAGCACUCUCUGCUACAUGGGAUGAGAAGCUGUACAGGGUGGUCAACAUGGAGCUCUCCCUCAUGUACGACCUCAUCUACACCAAGGCGGCCGUGGUGCACUCAUGGAAAGGCUACAUCCUCCGUUUCGCCUCUCCGAUCGCCGCGACGGCGGCAUUCGUGCUGUUUUGGCUCCACAGCAAGGAAGGUCAGGCGACGGCCGACGUCGUGAUCACCUAUGUCCUGCUGGCCGGCAUGGUCGUCCUGGACAUCAAAUGGCUUCUCCGAGCGGUGGCGUCGACAUGGUUCUACUCGUUCCUUGAUGAGAGGCCACGAUCGUGGCUUCAUCAUGCACUUCUGUGCUCAGGGAAAUGGCGACUGAUCCGUCGCCUCAUCGUGUCUGAUCUGAAUCUGUUUCGGAUCCUUGACAAUAAUAAGAAGCCAACUAGAUACAGGAUGUGGUCACAAACCAUUGGACAGUACAACUUGUUGCACGAGUGCACUCGCUACGAGAGCGAGGCAAGGACCAAGAACUGGAAGAGCGGCAUGUUCAAGCGGUUAGCACCGGAGGAGAACUGGAUGGAGUACGAAUACCAGCGCAUGAGGGGCAAUCAUAUUGAUUCAAGAGAUUUCAGGGACGAGUUGUUCAACUCUAUCUGGCAAGUCUUGAAGAAACCCUUCCCACAACGACGACCACCACGACAAAUAAUAGUGACGGAGGCCUGGAGGCCUGCACCGGCGGCUCCUCCAUUUACACAUGCUCAUCAGGAAGCAGACCUUGCCCUGAAGUUCACUCCUGAUUUACAAGAGACCAUUCUUAUCUUGCACAUCGCCACGGACAUAUUCCUCUUCUCAGCGGAAUCAGAAAUUGAAGCAUCGCCCAAGUCCAAAAAGGAUGUGGAGGUGAUCAAGGCGUUGUCAGAUUACAUGAUGUUCCUCGUCGCGGUGCGGCCCGGGAUGCUACCGGGCCUCGUCCUCAGUAGCCGAUAUGAAGCUGUCAGUGAGGCUCUUGCCGGAAUAUGGAAGGAGAAAGAAGGUAGUGAUCCUUCCUUGCGUACUAGCUCAAUGAUGAGAGAGAAACGUCUUGCCGAGAUCCUGAUUGCCAACGAAGAUGAGGAGGGAAAUUACUUCCAGGUGGACGAUUCGAGGCCCCAAAGCGGCUUUCUGAGUGUUCUUUACGACACGAGUAAUGUUCUAUCAGAGGGAGCUAUACUAGCCAUGUUUCUGCUACCUAGGAUAAGAGGUCCUAAUUUUAGAAAGAAUAUCAUUGAAAAAGUUGGAGAACACGGCGACGGCGAGCCCCCAAUACUAAAGAAAUUUCACCGGCAGUUUCCGGAUUUGAUGGAAUUCGCUAAGAAUGUCUCUUUUCCAUCAAUCGCAAUGACGACGGAUGCCAUCAUCGGGGAGUGGGCACGUCAGCUGAUUAACGUGUCCAUCCGAUGUACAAGGGAUUCUCAUGCCAAGCAGCUUGCCCGUGGUGGUGAGCUCACGACCGUUGUGUGGAUCCUUGCUGAACAUGCUCGCAUACUUCGCAUCAAAACAGAAAAGAAACCAGCUAGCUACGACGCAGUAUAGGCAUUCAUGCAUGUCUCUCUCCCUACUGAACUGAGAGAUAACUACAGAGUCUCAGAUGGAUAUACUGUUUGAUCUCUCCUUUGUGUAUCUGUGUGAUCCAUCGGCCUGUAGAUGGUUGUAGUUAAUUACUUUGCAGGGUUCUCAUUUAUUCUCUAGACUUAACUAACCUGUGUACCCUCUAAAUUGUGGUUUCAAGAGGGUUAUAAUUAAUUAAUAUCGCGUGAAAAGUCUACCAUUCGAGAAGACAUUCCCUACCAACA